AUUAUAAGCUUUAGGAGCUCCCUAGCCCAUCUCCUGGAAAGGAGCUGGGUACCAAAAGUGCAGAGACACAGAAUGCUGCCCUCUCGCCCAAUGGUUUUACCUGAGAAAAAAGACUCAGCUAUCCGGUGCACUCUGGUAAAUUGCAGCUGUCAGCAUUUUAAACCCGGGAAAAUAAACCAACGACAAUGUGACCAGUGUCGACAUGGAUGGGUAGCACAUGCUUUAAGCAAACUAAGGAUUCCCAAUCUAUACCCAACAACCCAAGUAGAAAUAGUCCAAUCAAAUGUGGUUUUUGAUAUAAGCAGCCUCAUGCUGUAUGGAACUCAAGCCGUUCCUGUUCGUCUCAAAAUACUCUUAGAUCGGCUUUUCAGUGUCCUAAAGCAAGAAGAAGUAGUACAGAUUCUCCAUGCGCUCGACUGGACUCUUCAAGACUACAUACGUGGAUAUGUCUUACAAGAUGCUUCAGGAAAGGUGCUGGAUCACUGGAGUAUCAUGACCAGUGAAGAAGAGCUUGCUACUUUGCAGCAGUUUCUUCGUUUUGGUGAAACCAAGUCCAUUGUGGAGCUGAUGGCAAUUCAAGAGAAAGAAGGACAAUCCAUUGUAAUCCCCACAGCAGCACCCAAUAUGGAUAUUAGGGCAUUUAUAGAAAGUUACAAUCAGAGGAGUCCAAAUAUUCCAUCCAUGGACAAGAUGAACCCCGCUAACAUCCAUCACUUUGAAAGUGUUGUUAACAAUAUGGCUUUCAUGCUGCCUUUGCAGUUUUUCAGUCCCAUGCCCCCACCCCUGAUAGGUACACUGCCAGAAAGGCUUUUGAUGGAGCAAACUCAGGACCAGAGCAGUGAACUUAAACAAGAUGUUCAGGUGCCAUUCUCUGAAAGCAGCUUCUUAAAUUGCAGCUCUUCGUUUCAAGCUGAAAAGGAAAAAGGCAGAGACAGCCCUGAUAUCACUUCAGAUUCUGAGGACAAUAUUCUGCCAAGUGAGUCUACUUCCCGAAAUACAGUCACAAAGCUUGAAAUGAGCCGGGGAUCUCCAGAGAGCAAGAUGAAAUCUGCUGACAAAAAUGGCACCAGCAUAAGAAAAGGACGUGUAUAUUGUACAGCAUGUGAGAAGACAUUUUAUGAUAAGGGGACUCUCAAGAUCCACUAUAAUGCUGUCCAUCUGAAAAUCAAACAUAAGUGUACAAUUGAAGGCUGCAACAUGGUGUUCAGCUCCCUGCGGAGUCGUAACCGACAUAGUGCCAAUCCCAACCCUAGACUUCACAUGCCAAUGAACAGAAACAACCGAGAUAAAGACCUGCGAAAUGGACUGACCAUCACUGGACUGGAAGACAACAAACGGACAGACUUUGCCAUUUUACCUCCAGAUACUAGAUCCAUUUCAAGUUAUGCUAACUCUUGUACUGAUGCGAAGGUACAGCAGAAUUUUCACAGUACAGGACAAAACGGUAUUCUGUUUCCAAACCUUAAGACUGUCCAACCAGUUCUUCCAUUCUAUCGCAGCCCAGUCACUCCAGCUGAGCUUGCAAACACACCAGGUACACUUCCUUCUCUACCUCUGGUUUCCUCAUCAAUACCUGAACCACUGAAUUCUAAUGAGUCAGCCUUUGAUUUGCUGCCCAAGAAGAAAUCUCGGAAAUCUAGUAUGCCCAUCAAGAUAGAGAAAGAAGCUGUUGAAACAACUAGUGUAACCAAUGAAGUUGCCAGCUCAGAAGAUGACAUGCCUACACAGGCGGUAAGUGCAGGGCAUGUUGAAAUGUGUGAGUCUAGGAUAGAAACAGAUAAGAAUCACCCAGUGGAAAAGCAAUCUCAUUCAGGUAACUCAUGGAAAUCAGUUUCUGAAGUUGGGGAACUAAAAUAUUUUGAAUCUGCCAAGCCAAAUGACACAUGCAACAUCAUGGACAGAUCACAGUUUCCUGAGAAAGAGAAGCCAGAACAAAGCCAAGUGUUAAAAAUGGUUCCUCAUCCAAAGGUAUAUGAAGAUACAAACCAACACAGUGAUGUGAUCAAAGCAGUGACUGAAUCACAGGUCUAUUUUAAAGAAAAGUUGAAUUACAGGAUUCCUAUAAAUGACUGCACUAGAUUGCAACACCAGUUGCUGAUUGGGGAGGGUUUCAACACAUUGGCCAAACAAAGUGUUCCUGUUUCUGAUUUUGAGGACUUUAAAGCUAUGGAUCAUGUCAGUCAACAUGUGUUAGGGAUUCAGACAGAAGACAGCCGCUUCCAUUGUGACAUCUGUCAGAAGACCUUUAAAAACCCAUACAGUGUAAAAAUGCAUUUUAAAAACGUACACCUGAAAGAAAUGCAUAUUUGCACAGUGGAGGGUUGUAAUGCUGCUUUUCCGUCUCGUAGAAGUCGAGACAGACAUAGCUCUAAUCUAAACCUUCACCAUAAACUUUUAACCAAAGAUCCUUUGGAAAAGGACAACCAUUUCAAUGCAGCAUACCUCUUGAAGGACAUUCCUAAAGAAGUUUGCCCAGAUGACUCUUUGAAAGGUCACGUAGGACAACAGACUUCUGUCAUAUUUAAAGGCAUGAACAGGACUGGUAGCCUCGUUUUCCCAAUGAGCAAGACUGUAGAGUCCUAUCCUGAGAGCUACAGGUAUCACUCAGAGAAUGAUGGAGCUGUCCUGGAUUUAAGCACUACAUCUAGCAUCAAGUCAGAGAGCAGCACACAUUCUUCUUGGGAUUCUGACGGGGGCAAUGAUGACGGUUUUGGACCUUUGGAAGACAGUGAUGAAAGCAGUGAAAGUACAGGCUUAGCACCAAACGAAGAGCUUUAUCAGGAUGGUAUUCUAAUGGAGAAAUCGAACCCAAGCUUUUCAAACAUACCUUCCAGUUUGUCGAUCACCUGUCAUCUAUGCCAAAAAAGUUACAGUAAUAAAGGAACUUUCAGGGCCCAUUACAAAACUGUGCACCUACGACAGCUACACAAAUGCAAAGUCCCUGGGUGUAACACAAUGUUUUCAUCAGUUCGCAGCCGAAACAGGCACAGCCAGAACCCUAAUCUACAUAAGAGUUUGGUCAGAUCAACAAAUAGCCCCAAGUAACAUCUCAUUGGUCUGCAGUGACUUAUGUACUAUCUUAAUCAUUUCAGCUUCAAAAAUAUUCUAGAAUAAGAUACAUCUUUGUUUUGCUUUAACAUGAAACCCACUGAAAACACAGGGUCAGAUUCUGAUUCUAUAGGCUAUUCUUCACUGAACACAGACAGCACAAGUAUUUUUUCCUAAAAAGAACACGUGUGGUGGUUAUAUAUUCAAACACAGACGUUUGCUUAAAAAGAACAAAGAAAUAUUUAAAUACAGACACACUAAAUGGUGUUCUUCAUGUUUUGCAAUACAUGAAACAGUGAAGAUGCUGUUCUGACAUUUUGUUUACAUGUUAAAUGGGAGGAGGGUCAAUCCAGUAAAAACUUCUAGACAGGAUCUACUAGUUGAGCCUGGUUUUUGAGCACUGUCAUUUCACUCAAGAUCACAGCACAAAAGGCAGAACCACAUGCUACAAGAAUACAAAUUGCCAUUGAAAACAGCAUCCCCGUGUUCUCCCUCCCUCCCUCUCUCCCCACCUCCAUGAAGCAUAGUAAAACUUCCUUUGCGCCCCGGCAUCAUUAUGUUGUGUGUUUCCUAUCCCUGCCACAGGCAGCCAGCCAAUUAUGUGAAGGAAGAGGUGCUGGAGAGCUUGACACAAGGAUGCCAUUUUCAUCAGCAGCCACAAGUUCCUCCUUACAUAUAAUCCUGCCCUUAAGGCUGACUUAACAGUAUUAAAUAAAUGUGGUGUUUUCAGAUUAAUUUAUUGUUUAAUGCCAAAAGCCAAAAAUACAGAUUUAGAAAAAAUGUAGCAUUUGAUCUUGGAGCCCCUUACUCCUUGAUGGCAGUCAAAAUUUUACUUGAAGAAAUGUUGUAGGGAUGUAUUCCACUGUGGGGUUGGUCAUUAUUUUUGCACUUGAAAAAUGCAGAGCCCAACUUCUAACAAGUCAUGUAAAUGUCUUGUCUAAAAGAAUAAUGUUGCUGGCUUCAAGACGGAUUUGUGAACUGCAGGAUGCCAGAAGCAAACUCGGCAGUUCACGGAUCUGUCUCGGAACUUGCUUCUGAGCCACCCUGUAUCU